GAGUUCCAUCGACAUUGAAGAGAGAAAUACGAAGAAGAAGAUUUGAAAUUGAAAUGACAUAUGACUAAUUUACUACAAGAACACGUUGACGUAUUUAAAUUAAAGAAGUCAAAUUUGGCUGAUGUGUCGUUCGUCAAUUUGUCGAUUGUCGAUGUGUGGCCAAGAUUAUACGUGCACAUAAGAAUUGAAACAUGAAUAAAAUAUUACAAUUUCUAGCGUGCUUGGCAUUUGUAAAUGCUGCAGAAAGAAUAAACAACCAACUAGUCAUCAGAAAUGUAGACCGAUCCAUCGACCUAGCUUCCCAGCUAGUAAAAAUCACUGCAACCAUCACCUUGGAAAAUACCGGCAAAGAUGCUGUACGUACUUUCCUUCUCGUACAAGAACCACACACCCUUGGAACCAUCGCAUACCUCUCCGUUAAAGAUUCUUCCAAACAGGAGCUGAGAGUUACCCCUGUUAAAGUCGAGGGACAUCCAGAUGAGCUUUUCCACAAUGUUGCACUGAGACUACCACUUGAGUCUGGGCGUACCACCACAGUUUCGCUAGAGGAAGUACGUACAAGAGCCCUGGAGCCCUAUCCCAGCAGCAUUACCCAGAAGGACAAGCAGCUGGUACGUUAUUUUGGCAACCACUAUCUAUACACUCCAUACUUGGUAACCAAACAGAAAACUGAUGUAACCCUCUACUCCAGAAGCAUUGAAAAUUACACCAAACUGAAGCCAGUUAGUAUUUCUGACAGUACUAUUUCUUAUGGACCUUAUUCCAGUAUUGAACCAUUCACUGAAGAUGAACUAUCAGUGCACUAUGAAAAUAAUGCACCCUUUCUGACAGUCACAAGGUUAGAAAGACUUAUUGAAAUUUCCCAUUGGGGUAACAUAGCAGUGGAAGAACAUAUUGAGAUUCGCCAUAAUGGGGCUUUGCUGAAAGGUCCAUUUUCAAGGUAUGAUUACCAAAGAGACACUAGUGGAACUCAUCACAGCAUAAAGGCCUAUCAUACCAUCCUGCCUGCUUCUGCUCAUAGCAUCUACUACAGGGAUAGUAAUGGCAAUAUCUCCACAUCAACUGUUAAGCCCAGAAAAGACUGGAUUGAGCUGGAAUUGAGACCUAGAUUUCCAUUGUUUGGAGGCUGGCAGAGCUCCUACACCCUUGGUUAUAGUGUACCAAGCUAUCAAUACUUGUUCAAGGCCCCUUCUGGAGAAAAUGUGCUGAACAUGAGACUUCUGGACCAUGUUUUUGAUGACAUGCAUGUUGAAGAGCUAGAGACUUCAGUUGUGCUACCAGUUGGAGCCUCUGAUAUCCAAGUGAACCCUCCAUAUGCAGCUGAAAGAUUGUCAGAUGAACUGACACACAAAUAUUUGGACAACAUUGGGCGUACAGUGGUGAAACUGAGGAAAACUAAUCUUGUGGAGCAACAUAUUCAAGAUUUGGAGAUAACCUACAAUUGGAAGCCUCACUUCCUCUUGCAUGAGCCAGUUUUGCUGUCUAUUGCUCUCUUUGUUAUGUUUAUAUCAGUCAUCAUUUGGGUGAGGCUAGAUUUUUCACUUGGUGUAUCUGAACACAAUAAGAGAGAAUAAGUCUUGUUUUUAUUUAAUGUUCAACAACUUGUUUGAU